AUUCUUCUUAUCAUGUCUUAUCCUCCUUUGGUGUCUAGUCUGGUUGAUAUUAUACUGAAUGGGGAUGAAGUGGACCCAGGAGCAACCCCUGAGGCAUCCCCUUUACCUCUUAAAAAGGCUGUUUCAAAAGCAAGCUCUUCUGCUAGCAUUCGAACUUUUCAAUGUCCAGAACAAACCCUAGAAGAAUCCCUCGUAGCAUAUGGUGUCAAUACAGAAGGCUACAUGUUCCUCGGCAAAUCAUCCAUGAUCUCGCUGUCACGCGAUAGACCCAAGACUGUUCACGUAGCUAAUUCAAAAUUUUACAUCAAAGAGAAAAGAAAAAUGGAAGGAGGAUUUUUGGAAGAAAAAAUAGACGACCCAAUAUCAACUGUAGCAACUAAGUUAAGUGGGAUAACCGUUCCUGUCACAGACACGCCCUUGGGUGAAACCAACAGCGAAGUGGAUUCUCUGGGAUCUGUGACACCCACUCAACCACACACUACUGACGAGAGGCCAGUAAAAGGUCAAAAUAAGGAAUUGUUCACGAAGGCUUCACGAAUACCUGUUAAGAGUUUUGUUCGACGAUCAAAGGACUUCGAACCUGACAGGUUGUUCUUCGACACGCUUCGUUCUAGUUUAGAAUGUACUGAGAAUGAUGGUGAAGCUCUCUUUGCCUUGUGUUUAAUCUACGCAGCCAUACAGAACAAAGGCGUCGACAAGAAACUUCUCCACUCAGCUGGGAUAUCUUCUGUUAAGGAAAGAGUGCCUUACAAUGAAGAACUAGUUGAUGACAUCAUCAGAGUGAUUGAACAAGGCUGUCGAAACGGUAGUCGAGUGCGUACAGUAACGGUAGAGAUGGCUAUUAUAGUCAUUAAAGAGCUUGUAUUGUAUCGACAAGACGAUGAAACCGAGGCAUAUCUACAUGACAGACAUUUGGCACUUGUAGAGAAUAUUCGCGAGGCAAGCACACUGCAGCUUCGUCACUAUUACAAGGAGGAUGAGAUAUUUCUAGACAUGUUUGAGGAUGAAUAUCGUCAGAUGAAGAUGAAACCACUGAAUAUCGUCCACUUAAUGAUGGAUGCCACCCUGCUGCUUCCUAUCACAGGGACACCGCUAACUGGUAUUGAGUUCUCUAAACGACUGCCUUGUGGAGAGGUAGAACAUACUAGAAGGGCUAUACGAGUGUUCCUCAUGAUGCGUGACUUGUGCCUAACCCUUCUGAAGAAGACAGAAACACGACUUCCAUUAUCCAAAGUAGAAUACUCUGUUCAUUUAGAAGACGUCUUGGAUCUCAAUAACAGUGAUUUGAUUUCAUGUACAGUUCAAAUGGAAGACAAGAUUGUCAGACGUUUCUUAGUUAUCGACGAGGCACAGUUUAUUCUAGUUGAGCCUGACACCAGUAAACUGGGCUGGGGGGUGGUCAAGUUUGUUGCAAGACUUCAAGACGUYGAGACGGCUCCUGACAAAGAGGACAGUCGUUCUCUGUUUAUCACUAUUCAUCAACCUUUUACUGCGAGGAGUCUUGCUAAAGUCCGGUCUCGACCAAUUCUUUCGGCCAAGUUCAUCUUUGAUGAUUAUAUUCGAUGCAUGUCAGCAAAACAGCGUCUGCAGAGACGGCGGACAAUGCUCAAGCAGAACAAAUUGCACAAUAUUGCGCAACUGCUAGAGCUGCCUGCAAUGGCGACCCCUCCAGCGCAUUACUACACAAUUACACCGCCUUCCUACAUCAAUCUAGGCUCGGGAAAACCAUAUGUGGUUUCACCGUCCUCGUCUCAGGACUCCGGUCAAACCGGUCGAGAGAGGACUGGUUUAGAAUCAAGAGACCGAGCUGACGCCUUUACGACCAUAUCUGGGCCAGAAGACUGCUGGUCACCAAGCGCCAAUCGAAAUAAGCCAAGGACUACCUCGCAGGCUCAAGCAUUGGCUCAAGUGUUGGAGCAGUCUCCUCCACCUGGGAAUAAUGGUGUGGCAGAGAUGCGGGUCAGUGACAAUACAAUACGCACGAGAAGUACAUCAGUGGAGGAGGAAGCGGAGGAGGCUCUUGAUAUGGAGUCAACGAAUGGACAGAAUCCCUUGUUAGCGCGGGUACGGGAGCAAGAAUCAAUCAGUGACAGUUCAUCCUCUGAACCCUCCAGCAGGAGGGAAUCGAUCGAUAACCUUAGAGAGUUACGUCUCAUCAAGUUUAAAUCACACUCCGCUCCCCCCACCCCACGGGGUGGAAGACACCCACCUCCUCUAGGCUCCUGUGACUUUGGUGAUAUCAAUUUGCUAUCAAUUCCUUGCUUAUCUGACCCAGCAUUCUAUGUGAGCAAAGGUUUGGAUGAGAUAUCGAACAAAAACAGCGCGCCAAAAAAGACAAAAUCCGCUGGUAAAAAGUCUAAUCGCAAGAAAAGGGGACACUCGAGAAGAAGGGUUACUAAAUAAACUGUCUAGAAACUAAAAUAUAUUAUAAUAAUAUGAAUUACAAAUACAAGAUAUAUUAUGAUCAAUGUGGUAAGGUAGGAAAAUCUUUAGCCUCCUCUGCAGGCUUCUCUUUGAAUAUCUCUGUCUCUCUCUCUGGGAACGAAGAAACAAAAACGGACACGAGAGGGGAGGAGAGGAGGGGGGAAAAGAAAGAGGGAGAGAUUAAACUUCUCUUUAUUUCGCUUUUUCGCCCUCCGUGCCCUCCGCGGUUCUAUGCCAAAGGAAGCCCACCCCGCGAAAGGAAGCCCAAGGAGUUGCCUUGCGGAGCAGGCUAGAAAAUCUUAAUUAAAUUAUCAUGUUAAGAACAUUAUUUAAUUAAAUGUCCAAAUUUGGGUUGAAUGCUUGCGCAUGCGUUUGUUCAUCGUGAAAACGUACGGUCUUGCAAGAAAAUCCUAUGGAAUUGUUACGCAAUAAUGUUGCAGAAUGUACCGCAAUAAACCUUUUUACCUUGGG